UGACCUUUGUUCUAUAAGAUUUGUUUAGCCAUAUUACAGGGCUGGCAGUGAAAUUUUUGGACGAAGAUGAGAUUUCGAGGCAAAGACAGCCCCGCCAAGGGUCGUCAUUUGCCACGCAUUUUCGUGGCAAUAUUGGCUACAUUAGUUGUUGCUAAUGUUACUUCAGCGGAUCCUUAUGUAUAUUCUUCUCUGUCAUCGCCUUCACUUCCACUAUCAUAUGCCUAUAAAUCACCACCUCUUCCAUCGCUAUCUCUACCUCUACCAUAUGUGUAUGCAUCUCUGCCUCGGCCUCGGCCUCUGCCUCUGCCUCCCCCGCCGCCUUCUUCACCUCCAGCACCCUAUGGUCCACGUCAUCACUUGGUGGUUAAGGUUGUUGGAAAAGUCUACUGUAUAAGAUGCUACAAUUGGAAAUACCCAAAAAUGUCUCAUGGCAAGAAACAUCUCAGAGGUGCUGUUGUUCAAGUGACUUGCAAUGUUGGUGACAAGAAAAUUGUGAGUUAUGGUAACACUAAGAUCAAUGGCAAAUUUAGUAUUACUCUCAAAGGAUUUGAUUAUCACAAAUAUGGAGCAAAGGCUUGCAAAAUUAAACUUCAAAAGGCACCAAAAGAUUCAAAAUGUAACAUUCCAACAAAUUUUCAUUUGGGAAUUAAGGGUGCUAAUCUCAAAGUGAAAUCAAAGACUAAUUAUGAAGUUGUACUCUAUGCAAAACCAUUUGCUUAUGCUUCUAAGACAUCUUUUAGGGUAUGCAAAAAGCCCAAGCCUAUACUUGCGCGCGAUACCACUUCAAAUCUCCUCCAAAUGAAUCACCGACUUAUGUUUACAAGUCACCUCCGCCUUCAUCACCAACAUAUGUUUACAAAUUCCAUCGCCACCUUAGUACAAAACUCGGACACCACCAAGUAAUUAAGUCUCGAUCAUCUCCUUCUAAUUAUUAGUCUCCACCAGCACCUGCACCUAUUUAGUAUUAUAAGUCAUCUUCUCCUCCAAGCGCGAUAUACGUUACAAAUUCCAUCACCACCUUAUUACCAAACUCGUUAUUACAAGUCUCCACAUCCGCCUUCACCAAAACCUGCACUUAUAUAGUAGUAUUAUAUAUAAGUCACCUCCACCAAUUCAUUGCUAAGUUUUGGUAGAUUCGAAUAUCAACGGUACAUAGCACUAAGUAAUAUAUCAAAUGAGUUCUUCAAUUUUGCUUACGGAAAAAUUGAUCUUUUGGGUCGUAAGUUAUUGUUGUAUAGAAAAUGUCCUCUUUUUUUAAUC